AAAAAAUACAAAAAGAACUUAUCGUGACUAACCCAUUAUUUUACUGGCUGGGAUUCAGAAGAUCAAACUUGUCUAGUUUGACAAAAAAAAUCUCCAAAAAAAUAUCUCACCCCACACAGAUCAAUUCGGUCCGACUCGUUCUUCUUCCACUUUCAUUUCAUUUCAAGUGUUGCGAAAAUUUGAUGAUGGAAGAAAAUGGAGACCCCGAGUCUCAAAUGGUGUUUGCAGAAGAUCUUCAUGAUAGCAUGCAGAUCGAUCCUAAAAGAGCUCGAUUCCCCUGCUGCAUCGUUUGGACACCCCUACCUGUGAUAUCAUGGUUAAUUCCAUUCAUUGGUCAUGUUGGAAUAUGCAGAGAGGAUGGCGUAAUUCUGGACUUUGCAGGGCCUAAUUUCGUAUGUGUUGACAAUUUUGCAUUUGGAGCUGCGAGUCGCUACUUCCAGAUAAAGAAAGAAAAGUUCGCUUCAACUGCAUUUAGAAGUGGGGAUCAGUACAAUAUGGAUGUAACUGGACGAGAUACAUUUUUAUGGGAUGAAGCAUUACAGAAGGGAACGCAGGAGUAUCAACAUCAUUCAUACAGCCUUUUCACUUGCAAUUGCCACUCUUUUGUUGCCAACAACUUAAAUCGAUUGGGUUUUCUUUCUGGCGGAUGGAAUGUGGUUAAUCUUGCUGCUUUUAUGUUCCUCAAGAGUCAAUGGGUUAGUACAGGAGCCAAGGUGCGAGCUUACUUUCCGUUUUUCGUGGUAUGUGGCAUCGGAGUGCUUCUUGGUGGCCUGACCUUUGUAACCUUUUUGGCGUUCUUCACGUUCCUUCUGGUUGGUUGGUUUCUUAUUGGUAGCUAUUGUUUCAAGGAUUUGAUUCAGUUGUAGUUAUUAGAUCUUAUUUCUGUAUAUACCCCACUGAAACUAUGAAAAUGGUCUCUGGUCAUGGCAGCAACUUACAAUUUAAUAUCCACUCUGUAUCAAGAGAGCUGUAUGUAGAUAGGAAUGUUAGUGCUGGAUUUUCUGAAUGGCAAUUUAAUCUUCUGUGUUUACCAAGUUACCAAA